CGUCACUGGCAAUUCCCGACAUGGGCGGGUCUACCAGCUGAACAGACUGUGUUGUCGAGUAUGUUCGCGUUGUAGGUUGCUCCAUGUGUCUUUGCAAUGAGACACUUGAAGGCCAAAUGUGAUGGCCACAUCUACGACGAGUUGGCUGCUGCCCACCGUAGUGUUCAUCUUACCACAUUGUUGUGCUUCUUCAGGUCUUCCUGCUUCUCCUUAUAAUCUUGAGUGCUUUAGACCAUGUGACCAGAAAGACUGUUCAGCCAUAAAGUGUGUUUGGAGUCCAGAUCCACCUCCUGACAGCUCCACUAUCUACACCCUUCACUGGGAGCCACAGGACACUGAGGAUGGGCAAAUGUUCGGUGGUAAUAGUUCUGAUGGGAUUAUCACUCGUGAAAACUUUCGGAGCCACGAACAACUUUUUGUUUGGGUCCAGGCUCGAAACCAGCAUGGUUCAGUUGAAUCUGAGAAGGUUCUUAUCCAUACAGAAGAUAUCAAGAAACCACCUCCUCCAACAAUCUUAUCAGACCCUCAGGACACAUUAGAGAUUYGCUGGAAUUCCACCUGUGAGGUGCAGCUGGAUAUUGGAACCUGUGAAGUCCGAUAUCGAACAGAGGAGGACCAAGACUGGCCUUGGCUUGAAAAUGACUUGCAUGGCAGCUAUGGAGUGGAAAACCCUCAGGCAGGCACCGUUUAUGAGUUUCAAGUCCGUUGCAGCUGUGACUCGAGCCUGACGAGUGACUGGAGUGAAAUCYAUAGAACAAGAAGUGCAGAGUCAAAUCCACUCGGGGAGGUGGAUGUGUGGGUGGACUGUUACAAGUCCUCAUCAGGUUUUGACUGUUUUCUGACCUGGAAGAAUCUGUCCAUUUCUCAGGCACAAGGACACAUUCUAGGAUAUAAUGUUAAUAUAUUUUACAAGAAUCGCACAUCGAAGCAAAUCAAUGUGACCACGGUUGGUUCAAGCAGCCUCUGGGUGUUCGAUGGAGGGAAGUGGCGCCUCACCUCGUCUCUGAAAGAUGUGUUGUUCGUCAGUGUUUCAGCGUACAAUGCUAUUGGUGCCACGGAUGCUACUCGUCUGUUUACGCCAGCAGAACCAGAUGGAAAAGAUGAAAGGAUGAAGCUGGAGAUGAAUGAGGAGAACCUCACUGUAUCCUGGGAGCCCUUCUCUCUCCUCCCUGACGGGGUGACACAUUUUGUGGUCCAAUACAAAGAGGGUCCGCCCGGCAAAGACUUUGAUUGGAUCAAAGUGGACAAAAACCAGACAACAGUUUCCUUAAAAGGUGUUUUUAAAAAUUACACAAUGUACACAGUGUCAUUGUUUACAGUAUCAAACUUGAAUAAAGUCCGUCAGCUUUCAACAGAGCCUGCAUAUUCCAUUCAAGGAGUUCCCUCCUCUGUGCCUUCGUUUAAGGUGUCUUUUCUUGCUUCCACUGAUGUGACUCUACACUGGGAGCCUGUUCCUAAAACCAAACAACAUGGGGUGAUCUUACACUACCAAAUAGGAAUUGAAGGCACAGAAAAAGUAUACAAUGUGAGCGUAACCCCAGACCACGGGGACAUGACGUACAGGCUGACGGAUCUUAGUCCAGGCCAGGAGUACAAGGCUUGGAUCAGAGCUGUGACUGUAGCUGGACCCGGCUCAGACUUCACCACAACAUUCAAAACAAAGCACCGGGAAGACUUCGAGUAUUUAAUUCCCAUCCUGGUGCCAACUGUGCUGCUGGCCAUCAUAAUUAUUGUACUUUGCGGGACAAAAAAAAUGUGGUCACUUUGUCUCAAUGGGAAAGUGCCAGAUCCUCGCAACAGCCACAUCUUUAAACACAUGAAGCUCCAAAUUAAUGAGCCCUUGACCUGGAUCUGCAUUCCCCUSUAUGAGCCGAAUCCCAAGAUCUCGUUACUGGAAGUUGUUGAAAUUCAGUCGAAGGUUGUAGACACAGAUGGAAUCAACAGGACAGUGAUGAAAAUUGGUUGUUCUCAGAUGGACUGCAGAGACAUUCAGAAGGAGGAAACUAUCACAGAGGAGAACGACAGUAAGGACCAUAGAUAUGGAAGAGAGGAGUACAGCAAAAUGAUCGACUCGGACGAAGAACGGAAUGAAGAGAGCUCAUCAGAGGAUGAGCCAUUUACCUCAGGUUAUGAAAAGCACUUCAUGCCUAGUCCUCUGGAAAUCCUGCAAAACUGACACCUUUGCACAGGAYCAUGGGCAUUCAUUUAAAUGUAUUUGUUUUUUCCAUAUUUUUAUACUGAAAUAAGAUCACAUUCUAGGCUCCUAUAGUCUCUGCAAAAUAAUUUCAAAAUCUUACAACCCUCUUCUCUUUUGUCUUGUAGUUUGCUUUUUGGAGGAUAUUUACUCUGUAAAUUUGAGUAAUGUGUUUAACAACACAUUUUUCUUUUGAAUGUCUGUUACCUUUUCCAUUUCAUUGACCACCUGUGAAAUAUUAACUAAUUAAUUGAGAGCAAUAGUUUACAAUGCAUGCUUUAUAUCAGCAUCUUUGGUGGGAAAAUGUUGACAGUAAAUGGAUGUAUAUGUAUAUAUUUUUGACAAGCUGCAAAUCAAGCUGAAUGUUUUCAAUAAUUUUAAUGCAUUUUUGUAUUAAAGUCUUAAAUCAUGUCUUUAUAUUA